AUGUUCUCGAAAGAAUACAUGGAUGCAGUGAGUUUCUUGAAGAUGACACAAGAUGACGCGGAAGUUACACAACUAAGAAAGGCUUUGGUCCGCCAGACAAUUACGCCUGUUUCAGGACGUCGUCACAUGUUAGGACCUAAAUACGACACAGAUAAAUUCCCAGCAGACGAAUCGACAGAAUUCCCGCGCGGGCGGGACAGUCUCCUUAUUAGUAGAGCGUCCUUGGAGGACGCGACUCCUCGCGUCGCCUCGCGCUAUUGCCAAACCACCACGCCCACCGACCUACGACAGUUUGCACGUGGUGAUCGGAGGGCAAAGGGGAACGGAGGCUGA